AUGUUCAAGAAAUCGCGCUUAAAAAAGCGAAUCAGCACCCGACGUCGCACCUCGGUGGAGUAUCCUUGUCAGCGCUACAUUUUGCGGCGAUGUGGGGAGUUGCUCGUUGCUCGAGAGGCCCACUUGCUUUCCAAUUUGGAGGCCCUACAGAUGCGCAUCAAUGAGGCUGAAAGUGACACUGUGCCACGAAAGGAGCGCUUUACCAACUGUCCAGGUCUGGUGGCUUCAGGCACCGCAUUCCAGCGCAUUCCCGCGCAUUCCCGCUACUACGCAUGCUACACCCAUCCUCCAUUCCAGUAUGGGACCUUCGCCGCGAGUUCUGCACUUUGCAUAAACACCUGGCAGAAACGCUGGGAUCUCGAGACAUCCUGUGACAGUCAUCCUGUGGCAGGCAAGACCAAAGGAGGUUCCACAGGCUCGCAGAACUGCGUCUCGAGGAAGUCGAGGAACCUUGUCACAACCCAAGCCCACUGCGUCAAGUUCCUCGAGUUCCUUGGUCUGGGAGCUGUGGCGACUACCUCGCUGACCUGUGGAGAUUUGCUUGCAGAAGAGGCACCUUUGCUACAGACCGGCUUUGGCUUGCCUUCAGCCGAAAGGCAGAUGGAGAAGCUCAGCGCAGGACAGCGUGAACAGAUUUGGAAUCUCAGUGAUUGCUCUGGACCUGGAGCAGAGACAAGCCUAGAAGGUAUCCUGGACACCAACUGCUUCCGGCCGGAUUUGAGCACCGAUGUACGGGUUUUAUGCCCGACUCUGGCCCGCUUCAACCACUCAUGUUUGCCCAAUUGCCAGCAAGCUUGGGAUGGCGACCAGGGAACAAUGAGAAUUAGUGCUUGCACCCAGAUUCAAGAAGGCGAUGAGCUGUGCAUUGAUUACAUCGAUGUCCGCCAGAGCAGAGACCAGCGACAAUUCGAGCUGCGUCAGAAGUACGGUUUUGAGUGCAGCUGCCCGGCGUGUGCUGCCCCGCGGGAAGGCAGUGAUGAAAGGAGGAUCAAUAUGGCAAAGUUUGACCAGGAGAUUGGCAUAGCAUCGCCUGAGCGUUGUCUUCAGAUUGUUGGCAGCCUUUUACAGCUCUAUGACGAUGAAAGUCUGCAAUUGCAGGCAUUGAGAGGCCGUGCUUGUCUAGAUGCAUGCGCCGCAUGCGCUCGACUGGGAGAUGCAGAAGGGCUGAAGAGCUGGGCGCAAAGAGCAAAGCGGCACUACGCUGAUGCUGUAGGCCCCUUUCAUGCGCUGACGCAAAAAGCUGCUGCAUAUUCUUCGAAACCGCGCAGCCAUCGAUUGUGGAGAUAA